AUGGCUGCUGCCUACAAAAAACUAGAGAUCCCUGUUGUGAAAAGCAGAAGUCAGGUCACAGUCCAAAUACAGUGGAGAGGUCAGGGAACUACAACCACAACAGCAACAGCAGCCUCAGAAACAAAAAGCACAAAGCUUCAAAGUCAGCCAGAAAAGAGGAACCCUAAAACUGGAGUUCUGAUGUUAAACAUGGGAGGCCCAGAAACACUGGAGGAUGUCCAUGACUUUCUCCUUAGGCUUUUUCUAGAUAAAGACCUAAUGACACUUCCUGUACAAAAUAAGUUGGCACCAUUCAUUGCCAAACGUCGCACACCAAAAAUUCAAGAACAAUAUAGCAAGAUUGGAGGCGGAUCACCAAUUAAGAAAUGGACUGCAGUACAAGGAGAAGGCAUGGUGAAACUGCUGGAUGGAAUGUCUCCUCACACUGCACCUCAUAAAUACUAUAUUGGUUUUCGGUACGUCCAUCCUCUGACAGAAGAAGCAAUUGAAGAGAUGGAAAAAGAUGGAGUUGAAAGGGCUAUUGCUUUCACGCAGUACCCACAGUACAGCUGUUCUACCACAGGAAGCAGCUUGAAUGCCAUUUAUCAGUACUAUAAUAAAAAGGGGGAGAAGCCAAAGAUGAAAUGGAGCGUUAUUGACAGGUGGCCUACACAUCCCCUUCUCAUUCAGUGCUUUGCAGACCACGUACAGAAAGAACUGGAUCUGUUUCCACCAGAGAAAAGGAAAGAAGUUGUGAUUCUUUUCUCGGCUCACUCGCUUCCAAUGUCUGUUGUGAACCGCGGUGAUCCAUACCCUCAAGAGGUGGGAGCUUCUGUCCAAAGAGUCAUGGAGAAGCUGAACUAUUCCAACCCUUACAGGCUUGUUUGGCAGUCCAGAGUAGGACCAAUGCCGUGGCUUGGUCCACCAACAGAUGAAGCUAUUAAAGGACUCUCUGAAAGGGGAAAAAAGAAUAUUUUGUUGGUUCCAAUAGCAUUUACUAGUGACCACAUUGAAACACUCUAUGAACUGGAUAUUGAAUAUGCACGAGGUGUAGCUAAUGAGUGUGGAGUUGAGAACAUCAGAAGAGCUGAGUCCCUUAAUGGAAAUCCAUUGUUUUCCAAGGCACUCGCAGACUUGGUCUAUUCACAUAUCCAGUCGAAUGAAAUAUGCUCCAAGCAAUUAACCCUCCGUUGUCCACUUUGCGUAAAUCCUGUCUGCGGGGAGACAAAAGUCUUCUUCACUAAUCAACAGCUAUGAUAUACAGUCCCCACCCCACAGACUGUUUGGACCAUGGCUCAUGUAAUAAUAAUUUUGGAUUAUGCAGGAACAUCACCAAACAGUGCAGCACUGCAGACAACAGAAAUAAUGCAUACAGACCAAACUGUUCUUUCUGCUACACUGCUCCAGCCCAUUGGUUUCAAUAGUGUUGAACUCCUGUAACAGAGGAGAGUUUGAACUGGAAUAUUUUUUUAAUAUGAGAGGUAUGGAUGAAAGGGGAGGAGAAAAGGGCUUGAUCCUGUGAGAUGCUGAGACCUUAGCUUCUUUCAGCCUUAUAAGAGUUGGUGGGGCUCAGCAUUUCAUAGCAUGAGCCCAAAAGUAAAGCACUGAAACUAGCAAACCUUCGAUACAAAUUGGCAUCUGAGUCUCUUUGCAGGGACUUCUUUAUGCACUUACGAAUACAUUGACUUCAGCCUUCUAGUUGGUAUAAUUUUUUUUUGCUUCCAAUGCAUUAUUGUUAACACCAUUGCCAGUCAUCUGUUCUUAGACGGACAUUUUCAGAUGGGUUUUGACGAUCAAGUGACUUCUGAUUCUUUUUAAAAUACCACAUACCUUUUAACAACAUAAAUGAUGUGUAUGGUUUUCCCAGAAGAAGAGGAUCUGCUGAAGCCCAGACUCGCUUGGGGGCAAAAUUGUUUACAUUUUUUUGAAACUUUCUCAUUAUCUGCAGGAAACUGCAUAAGGAAAGCAAAAAAUGAAAAAAAACCUCACAACUGGGCUAUUUUUUUGGAGCAUUUGCAGCUUAAUAGAGUUAUGUAACCCCCAUUUCCUCCAACAGCUGGCGCUCUGGCUGGUUGUAAGGAUUUUCUGGGUUUGAAGAUGAACAGAUGCAUGGGGGGAGAUGAUUUAAAAAAAAAUUUUUUUUUUUUUGGCUGGGGGGCUGUUUUUUUUCCCAAAAGGGCUUUUUAUCUGUUGUGUCAAGCAAAUUCAGAAAGUUGAGGCGACUCCUUGUCGGAGGGUUUAUAGAUCUGCUGUGUGCUUUCCGCCAUGUCGCAACAUUGUGGUUUUUGUGGGAAUCUCUCUGGAGCUGCAUAGGUGCAAUUGAUUCAGUUUAAUUCAUGUCAUCAAUUUAAAACCCAAAUGAUGUAUUAGGAGAAAUUUACAUUGUGGUGGUUGACUGGGAAGGGGGAGCUGCCUGUCCUUCAUACUCGCAGCAGCCAGAAAUGAAAUAGGGCUCAUAAAUUCCCUAGCCAGAAAUGAAAUAGGGCAUGGUGUGUAUCCCCUGGGCCAUUGUUGGGUCUCAUAACCACUUCUGGCUAAAUCUGUAGCUAUUAGCAGUGGGCAUUUGGGCACACCAGAAAUGUGGAAUCAAGUCCUAGGUUUAUUCUAUAGAACCUCUGGAAAUUUAAAGUAAUGGCCUUUUAACUCUGGCACCAGGUCUGGAGACAAACUGUCUCUGAAUGGAAAGGAACUUAAUGUCUCAGCUGCUGACCAGCACAGCAUUUCUCAUUUGGGGCUUGAAAUGGGUUCAGAGCAGAGUUCUUGCAGAGCUUGGAUUAGUAUCUCCUUUGUUGUGAAAGCCUUUCAUUCCAGGGCAGGAUGAAGUGCAUUUGGUAGGGGAGAGGCAUUGGUCUGAGGGGUCAGCUUCCAAAUGUUUACACUGAGUAAUUAGCAUUGAGAUGCUGCAGGCCUCUUGCAAUUUGUUCUAACCCAGGCAGAUGUUCCUUAAAUUGAUGAAUCAUCUCAGGUUAAACCCUGUAGAUGCCAAGGGAACUGAAACCACUCCUUUAUGUAAGUUUUAAUUUUCAGCUGUUAGGCUCCACCUCACUCUGUACUAUCCGGCCAGUGGUUUUGUACAGCAGAACCCAGAUGCUUUGUAGGUCAGAUUCUUUACCCCCCUGAACUGAUAUGGGUAUCUUGGCUGCAUGAGAUUGGUGAGAUGAACUAGCUGUUUCCUAUAAUUUAGGGUUUCUCUAGGCACUGCUGCUCUUAUCACAGAUUACUGCUACACUCAGAUGAGGGGGGAAGCAGCCAGUAGCUGAGUAGUUCACCUUAAUUCAGCAAGCUAAUGUGAACAGGGUGCAAAUCAGCCAGACAUGAAUGAUCCUAGGUUCUACUGCAUAUUCUCUAGAGAGCAUGACGGACUUCAGGUGAUACUUUUGCUUUCUUCUGUAUGUUGGCCUUCUGGCCUUUUUAUUACUUAACACAGUCUGUGCACUGCAUAGACAAAGCUUUGUCUCUCCAGGAGCUCUGAUUGCCUUUAUAUUCCUUCAUUCCCAGUUAAAGAGUUGUUUUUUAUUUUCUGUGCAGGAGUGAGAGCGUUCAUUGAACUCCUAAUGCCUCCUGAGCUUCAUGGGUCUUUAGUGUUAUAUAUUUUUGUCCUCCUUUUCAUCCCUUUCCUUACACCUACUGAUCAUGCUGAUGAGAGAAUAUAGACCUUCAAGAGCCAAUUACUGCUUUCUGGUGGAAUUGAUGGAAGUGACCCAGGAGGGUCAUUCAGCAAUAUUCUGCCCUAAGGUGGGGAAGUCUUUGGCCACAUUUGGUGAAUCAGAACAAGGAGUGCACAGUAGGAGUAGAUUUGUCUCCAUUGCCACUUCUCACUUUGACUGCGACUGAUUAAUAGAACACAGUGUAUGCAUAACAUUUUCCUACCAAUUCCCCUUUCUUCUAAAGGUCUUGAAGAAUGCAUUGGCUUUUGGGUAUUGUUUGUGACCUGCACAACUGGAUAUUCACCCCAAGUUGGAAACUGAAGACUAAUAGGAACAUCAUAAUGCAGUAAAAAUGAUUGGCUUUUUAUUUUCAUAUUGGAGAAGGGUGAGGAAUUAGCUAGCACUAAUUAUGAGGCAUUAAUGCAUUAUUCCCAGUAAUAGGCUGUAUUUAAAGUUUGACUUUUAUGCAGGCUAACCACAAGUGAGCUAAUUAACAAACCUGUUUAGGGUAUUGUUGCUAUUAGCACAUUGUGUAGUAAUCACUAAUCACUUAAUUUUCCAGCUUUUAGCUGAUGAAUCCUGACUCAGUGAUUUGGUAGGCCUUUUUCUCCCCCUCUUUUUAGUUAACAGAGAAUAUAGUGUCACUCUGUCUCUCCUGUUUAACACAUUAUUUUGUCUGAGAUAAUUCAGCAGAGCUUUACAACUCUAAUUAAAAAAAAUCAUUGUGGUUACCUAGCAUCAUUAUGACCUUUUUUGUAGAUGGUGCAAUAUUUUCUGGCAUUAAAAAUAUAAAUGUGAGAGCAGAAAAACUGAUGAUGUGAAUUCUGCUCUAGCCAAAAUAUGAUCAGAGUGCACGUUUUAGUAGAAAAUAUGAGUAUGGUUGCAAUGAGUUUUCUAGGAACCUCAUAUUUGUGCCUUGUCCUCAUCUUACUGCUCUAGUGUUCUGUAUCCUUUGUGGCUUGCUAUUAGGAGACUUGUCUUCUAUUUUGGUAAACUUUUCUGCAUUUGGUUUGCAGCUGAGGCAAGUUAUUAGUUUGUGGUGCUGCUCACUUGGAGCCAGUUGUUGUCUGAACAUUCUGCUCUGGUUGAAGAGAAAUCAGAGUUUAAAAGUGUUCAACAGUGUCCACGGACUUGAGCCUGGGAAAUCUAGUUUGAUUUUUAGUUACAGGGUGCACUCCUUUAUAGUUCAUUUGUGAAAUACUUUAUAGCACUUUAUAAAGUGUUGUAAUUUUAUUUUUGCCUUGGAAGAAAUGCAGAGCUGGCUGUGGGUGUAAAUUUUAAAAAUGGAAUAUUGAGAUUUUGGUACCUCAUCUCUUUCAUUAAUAAGAGCUGAGCAGCUAUAUCUAAGCACAUGGCUCCAAAAACUGAAAGAAAAACAGCCCUUGAGUCCUGAGGAAAGAAUUGGGGACAUAACCUUGUGAAACAAAGUGUUUUGUAAGAAUGUGCUUGGGGUGAGGUUGUUGUUUUAAGCCUCGUGUCACUUUGCUCCCUUGGGUGGGCUCCCCUGUGCUUGCUCAUGCACACAUUUUCUCUCAACUUAUGUCUAAGGGCUCAUAUACGUGCAGGGAGGAGCAUGCAGUAAUUACAGCGCGUUGGAGCAGACUCGAUUAAUUGAGUCUGCUGAAGUGUGCUAAUUGCCGCGCUCUAGCAGGCUCCAAUGUCACGUAUAUCAGUAUCACGGUGCUGAAAAAUGGCAGUGGGACACUAAAGCUU